GUCGCCACGUGUAUCUAAGCCAUGCAGCAGCUUCCCUUCUUAUACCGAUUCUGUCUCUCCCACAACUUCACCGGAAAUCAGAGUCCCCAAAACAUGAAGAAGCCACAGUCAUUUUUCCGAAGUCUCUCUUCCCGGAUUCCGGCAAGGCUAUCCGCCUCUUCGGCGGCGGUGGCUCCACUUGCGGGUAGAAGUCAGUUUGACGAGCUCAUCACAGCCGAACUCAUUAAGUUAAUUCCACAAACACCUUCUGAUCAUUCUGAAUGCACCACUUCCUCUACUUGGUUGAUUCACGCUCUCAGCGCGUCUGCCACCACCCAAAAGAUAGCGUUACAGUCACUGGCCAACGUUGCUUUACAAGAUUCAGAUCGGAAAGUCCUCAAUGAAUUCCUCAACGACAAUGUUAAACUGCUCGAUGGGUGUAACGAAAUGGCGGAGAGAAUUGAGAUGAUUCGUCAGUACCUGGAUUCAUUAAGGAUAGCUUCGCAUUUGCUUGAACGGAAUGUGUCAUGUUUGAAUCGAGCCGAACAAGCUUUGAAUUCAUGCGAGCAAAUGGAGAGAAAGUGCAGAGAUAAGCACUUGAGCUUAAUAAAGGUGCUUAACCAAAAGUUAAAGCAGGAUACAACGCAAAUCUUAACAUCAACAUCCGAACUUAAAGAGAUAUUAAGUGGGUCUGAAUCCGUGGCGCUAAUGGCAUGUGGGAUUCUUGGGAUUUCUCUAUCCUUGAAAUCAAGACAUCAGCAGCUUCUGGGAGUGAAAUCACGGCAACCAAUGUCAGCGGCCCGGAGCGGUUGGUCUGGGGCUCUGCAUGAGCUGCAGAGACGGUUAAAGGAGGAGGCGGAGAAGAAGAGAAAAUCUGGAUCGUCGUUGACGUUAACGAGGCUGCAAAUGACAGUUGCGGCGGCUAGGAAGUUACGAGAUCAAGUUAGAUGUGGGAAUAGAAACGACGAAACUAAGGAGGCCGCGGAGGAAUUGACGAGGAGGUGUGGCGAUUUGGAAGAAGAUAUUAGGGAUUUAGAAAAAGGAGUGAAGGAGUUGUAUAAGAAUUUAAUAUCUGUUAGAAUGUGUUUGCUGGGGAUUUUAUCUCAAGCCUAAAACGUUAAUGGAAACUUAUGAAAAUGUAUAGAUUUGAUCCUGAUUUUGUACUACCAUAAUUUCAUGAAAACGCAUGGCUUACACCUUUGUUAACUUGUUGAAAAAAUUAAACCGGACUUUUGAAACCAAAUCAAAGAAGUCAAUAUCG